UUCAUGGUUUUUGCUCCGCAUUCAUCUUACCAUUUAGCACGAUAUCAUCAUCAUUGUCAUCAUUGUCGUGGUCUUUUGCGAAAUUUUAAGUGAAAAAAAGGAAAGGAAGAAUGUCUACUGAUCAGCAGCAAUCAAGGGAAGAGCUCGAUAACAGGGCUAGGCAAGGUGAGACUGUAAUCCCCGGUGGCACAGGUGGCAAGAGCCUCGAAGCCCAAGAACACCUUGCUGAAGGGCGGAGCCGAGGAGGUCAGACGAGGAAGGAGCAGCUGGGAACGGAGGGGUAUCAGGAGAUGGGCCGCAAGGGUGGGUUGAGCACCACGGAUGAGUCCGGUGGAGAGCGAGCAGAGAGAGAGGGAAUCUCCCUUGACGAGUCCAAGUUCAGGACCAGGGGCUAAAUCUGCUUGCUGAAUAAUGGAAAGUGGGGGUAGUCUUCCAAGUGUAUUAGUGUAUCUUUGGGUCACUGUCGUACGUACUUAGGUUUAUUUAGCUGUGUACUUGUGACCAUGCCUGCAUGCAUGGCUAAGUAUAUGUAAUUGUAGCUUUGGUUUGUAGUUAAUGGUGUUUUCGUGUGUUUCCUCUUUUAAUGGGGACUGCCAGUAAUGUCUCUGUAGUUCGAUAAUAAUGAAGCUAAUGUAUGUUUUAUGUUUAGAUUAA